CUCUGCGAAGAGCUCCUUCUCCUGCUUUUUCAGCUGCAAAAAUAUUAACAACAACAAGAUGAGGGCACAGCCGAAUUCUCCACAAACGUCUACCCACCAAGACGACCCUGAUCCCACAACACUGGGGCAGAUCACCGAGUUAUUAUCCACCAUGCAACUCGACGAGGCGCCCGCGGUGAACAACCCUAUGAAGCGCCGAACGCCGCCUUCCUGUUAUUUGUCCGAGGAGCGCUCCCCCAAGAAGUGCGGCUUCUCCUCCGACCCCAUUCCGCCCAACCCUAACUGCUCCAUCCUUUGCGGCGGCCUUUCCAACCCUCUUUCGAGGAGAGCGUCAGCUCUGCAGCUGGGCGGGAUGAAUCCUGCUCCUGAAUCUGCGAAAUUGAAAAAAUUAAAAGAUGGAUUGAAAGAACUGCAAGAAAGAUGGGACAAACUUAUACAGGAUUUCGAGGAAACUGAAGAAAAUAUUGAAGAGAAAGAAGAACAGGAGAAAUACGUGCAACAUAUGAGUAUUGAAUCUACCAAGAAUGGGAUGAAAGUUAAAUUUUGGUGUCCUUGUUGUGGUAAGGGAUGCCAAUUUUUGAUUUCCGACGACAACGAUUGCUAUUAUAAACUGGCAUAGGAAAAUUUUCAAACAUUGUUAUCAUUGUUAUCAGUACUUUUACUUUUAGUGUAUCGUGACUGAUCCAGAAAGGAGUUUUAUCAGUUCAAUUGCUAUGCUAUCCAGAAAGGAGUUUUAUCAGUAAUUCUGCUAUAUGCUAUCCAGAAAGGAGUUUUAUAAAUUAUGCUAUGAUAACUGCACUAUUAAUCAAAUCGACUUCGUUUUCGUACUGUCUCGUGGACCGUGACUCCGACGCCGUUUCCACUCUUGAAUUCGACUCGCCGAUGCCGCGCAACGCUGUCACCGCGCCGCUUUUGCGGAACCCCGAGCUCGACACCUUCUAUUACC